AUAAACAUAAAUUAUACAGUACAAUCUUAGCUGGUGACAAGGUAUUGCAGAACAUAAAAGAGUACUUAAACAGGAAAGCAAAACAUAGAUAGUACAAACAUACUGAAAUAGACAAACAGUUCAAAAAGGAUCCACAGGAAUAAAUGUAUAAAUUCACUUUCUAAUAAACACCUUGUAGUAUCAUGACCUUGCCUUAAGCGCAUGGCUGGUAAUGAACUGUCAACCCUUUUCCCGUCAAACCUGUUGCUUUGGCAACAGCUAAAUCUCAAAAUAUAUUAAAAUAUAUAAAUUAUCUCACACAACAAUUUAGUCACUGUCUGAUAAAAUGUUUUGAUAAGCACUGGAAAAGGCGCCCAUUUCAUGAAAUGCCCCUCGUGUACUUCACAUGUGUCACCGCAAGGGGGCGCAGACCAUAUUUCAUCCGCGCUCUCUCUCUCCUCCAGCGGAGCCCUUGCCAACCGCCCCCUCUCUCCCUCUCCACGCUCCUUUCGCGACGCUGAGCCACAAAGCGGACUGUCGGCGCACGGCAGUGGCACCUCGCCGCUUCAGGGUGAAGAUGUUCGGCAGUCUGUGCGCCCGUAAGCUGGCUCGCCGAUCGCGGUCAGCGUUAAUAGCCGCGCUGACAGUGCUGCUGGUCCAAACGCUCAUCGUGUGGAACUUCAGCAGUCUGGACACGGGAGAAGACCGAAAAGACAACGGUAGAGAGAAGAGGGACCGAAUCGGCAUCAACAAAGCCUACAGCGAGUACCCGAAGAGCGGCUACCAGAAGAGGCAUCACCAGCCGCCGCUUGGGAAAGCGUCCAUUCGACAUAAACAGCAGCCGGACGGCUACUACUCGCACCGGCCCAAGGAGAAAGUCCGCGUGGACAGCAACAAUGAGAACUCCGUUCCCAAAGACUUUGAGAACAUAGACAACAGUAAUUUCGGGGCACGUUCACAGACACAGAGACAUGCGCCCGGCAAGCACAAACAAGGUCUUCUGGAGAAGGCGCAUGCGCAGCAAAGCUUGAGCAAGAACUCUAAUGAGGUCAUUCAGUAUGCACAGAACAAAGGUGGCUACAAUCAGACGCGCACCGAGCUUCACCGGAAGGCCAAUCCCACCCUUCAUCCACAGCAAACCCAGCAGCACCGGCACCACCUCCAGCAGGCCAAGCGAUCUGCCACACCCACUGCAGACAUCAAAUACGACCAGCCGCCCAAAUGCGAGAUCAGCGGCAAAGAGGCGAUCUCCGCCCUCUCUCGCGCCAAGACCAAGGAGUGCCGGCAGCAGAUCGUGGAGGUUUACUGCCGCCACAAAGAACGCCAGCUCAUGCCUGAGAAAGUCACCCGUUAUUGCCCAGUAGAGGGCAAAGUAAAUGUGAAUGUGCAUUGGGAGGAGGACUCAAUGGAGACUGUGCCUGCUGUACCGGUGCGGAUAGCCUUCGUGUUGGUGGUCCAUGGACGGGCCUCUCGUCAGGUGCAGCGUCUCUUCAAGGCCAUAUACCACACGUCUCAUUUCUACUACAUUCAUGUGGACCAGCGAUCUAACUACCUGCACAGGCAGAUGGUGGCUCUGGCUCACCAGUAUCCCAACGUCCGGGUCACACCGUGGCGCAUGUCUACGAUAUGGGGCGGUGCCAGCUUGCUCACCAUGUAUCUGAAGAGCAUGAGGGACCUGCUGGCCAUGCGAGAUUGGUCCUGGGAUUUCUUCAUCAACCUGAGUGCUGCUGAUUACCCAAUCAGGACCAAUGAUCAGCUGGUGGCCUUCCUGUCCAAAUACAGAGAUAUGAAUUUCAUCAAGUCUCACGGGAGAGAUAACGCUCGAUUCAUCAGAAAACAAGGUUUGGACCGGCUUUUCUUUGAGUGCGACACCCAUAUGUGGCGGCUUGGAGACAGGAAAAUUCCAGAAGGCAUAUCCGUAGAUGGAGGCUCUGACUGGUUUCUGCUCAACCGAAUGUUUGUGGAGUACGUCAUCAACUCUCAAGACGACCUUGUGACCAACAUGAAGCGUUUCUAUGCGUACACGCUACUACCUGCGGAGUCGUUCUUCCACACAGUUCUGGAGAACAGUCCGCACUGCGAGAGCAUGGUGGACAACAACCUUCGCAUCACUAACUGGAAUCGAAAGCUGGGCUGCAAGUGUCAGUACAAGCACAUCGUCGACUGGUGCGGCUGCUCACCAAAUGAUUUCAAGCCCUCCGACCUGCCCCGUUUCCAGCAAACCACCAGGCCAACAUUCUUUGCAAGGAAGUUUGAAGCCAGCGUAAAUCAAGAGAUAGUGAACCAGCUGGACGUCUUUCUGUUCGGGAGUAUGCCGCAGGGCACGCCGGGUCUCAAGGCCUACUGGGAGAAUGUUUUUGAUGAAGAGGAUGGUAUUCACAGCCUGUCCGACGCACAUCUCACUUACUAUCAUGCCUUCGCCCGAUUGGGUCUGGCGCGAACUGCCAACUCAUUACAGGGUGACCUCAACGACAACAGCUGCAGGUAUUAUGCCAUGGGACAUCCCGUGUCUGUCCACAUCUACUUCCUGUCUGAUGAGUUCCAGGGAUACCUGGUCAGGCAUCACGCCACCAACUUGGCAACCAGCAAACUGGAAACCCUGGAGACCUGGGUCAUGCCCAAACAGUUCUUCGAAUUCACCAAUCCACCCAAUACCUUCAACCGACUGCAGUUUGCAGAGAUUGGAACAGACUGGGAUGCUAAGGAAAGGAUAUUUCGGAACUUUGGGAAUCUGAUGGGACCCAUGGACGAGCCUGUGGGAAUGCAGAAAUGGGGAAAAGGGUCAAAUGUGACUGUGACUGUGGUGUGGAUUGAUCCCACCAAUGUCAUCGCUGCCACCUACGAUAUCCUGAUUGACGCCAGUGCUGAAUUCACACACUACAGGCCUCCGCUGAACCGGCCCCUGCGGCCUGGCAUGUGGACCGUACGUGUGCUGCAUCACUGGACCCCUGUGGCAGAGACACGCUUUCUCAACCCCCUUACCCACCACAAACACCUACCUAUACGCCAAGAGGAUGCUUUAAAAACGCACAACGGGCCGGCCAAGAACAGCUAUAUGGAGCAGAGUUUCCAUGGUCUGAACCCUAUCCUCAACAUCCCGGUCCACCUGGGUCAGGUAGAGGCAGCCGAGCACAACGCAGAGCUUACGGGGUCUGAGCUGGAGCGCUGGGUGGACAGUCUGCUGGGCAAAGUGUGGUCAGCUGUGGACGUGUGUUCAACAGGCCCCAGUGGCUGUCCAGUCAUGCAGACUUGCAGGGAAACGGUGUGGAGCUCUCUCAGCCCGGACCCAAAGUCCCAGCUGGGCCCACCCAAAACCAACGGACGAAUUAGGUAGCAGCGUUCACUGCCCUGAAGACUCGCCUUCUUUCAUUUCUAAGGUCAUUUUGUUUUCUUUAUUUAUUUUCCAGCGUCGCUCGUGUGAAUAUGAGCAGAACGGACCUCUCUCAAACGCAAGACACACAAGGCCACGAAAGUGUACGCUGCAAAGUUUUUGAAUAUUAUUUUAAAAAUGUGCGGCCUCUGGCUGUCUCAAACUCUGAGUGCUCUAGUGAUGUGAGUGUUGUCAGGCUUCCUAUAUUUUAUUUAUUUCAAUUACUGUGAUUGAAUCUUUGUCAACUGGACACAGCAGGUGAUGCCUUUGUGUAGGUGUUACGGCUGAACGCUGGGAUUGGGAUAUUAAGCACAGAAAGGACCUUAACACUGGUUGAAAGACCAAAAGGGAUGUUUGUAAUAUAGUAAGCCUAUAUAUUUCAAAUCAAACACACUCGCACCUACCGUGAAGGAUGGAAUGUGUUUUUCAACCUAUACCUUAUUAAAACCAGUGUUUCAGAUCAUAUAUCACUGUGUUUAGUACAACAUUGCUGGUUUCUUUUAAUUUUGAGAAAAAUACGUUCCUUUUUAUAUGCUUUUCACUGGAUCAAAUGAAGUGAAACAGGCAUUUAAAGCCUUCAAACUCCCCCUAAUAAAGUUUCCUAUAUAGUUUUAA